CACAUUGCACAACUCCACGACAGGGACCGGAAAGUCAACCUAUAAAAAGUUUGUCAGAUGCUUUUGUAACACAUACCUGAGGAAUUAGAGAGACCUAGAUUUGCCACAUAUUAUUUCACUACGCAUCUUAUAGCGCGUUUAUAUUUAUUUUAUCACCUGAUUUGGGGAGUUGUUGGAAAACAAGAUGGAUACACAAGACAACACAUGUUCGGUUUGCCACGAGAAGAUUUCUGUUUUCGCCAUUGGGUUAUGUGAUCACCCUAUCUGUUUUAAGUGUUCCACGAGAAUGAGGGUACUGUGUGAACAAAUGUAUUGUGCCAUCUGUAGAACCGAUCUACCAGAGGUUCUGUUUGUGAAGACACAAGCCAAGUUCUCAAGCAUUGUUCGAAGAAACUUUAUCCGUCAACCAAAGUAUAAGAUCCUGUUUGAAGAUGAAAAUGUGGAGAAAACCUACCGCAAUUUGCAAGAGUACAAGUGUAAAGUCUGUAUGGACCGCCCUUCUGAAAAGACAUUCUAUGCCCUCAAGGAUCACAUGAGGAAGGAGCACACACUGUUUUGUUGUGACCUGUGUUUGAAACACCUGAAGCUUUUCUCCUUUGAGAGGAAAUUUUACAACCGUCGUGAUCUGGCCUCCCACCGACGUACAGGGGACGAAGAUGACAGAUCUUACAAAGGUCAUCCUCUUUGUCACUUCUGUGAUGAGCGCUACAUGGAUAAAGAUGAACUCCAUCGCCACUUGAGGAAAGACCACUACUUCUGUCACUUCUGCGAUGAACAGUCCAAUGAAUACUACAACGAUUAUGCAGACCUGAAGCAACAUUUCCGAGAAAGACACUAUAUGUGUGAGAUGGACCACUGCAUCGGUGUACAGUUCACCAACGUGUUCCGCUCAGAGAUUGACAUGAAGGCCCAUAUUGCCAAGGAGCACCAUCAGCGACUCAACAAGGCCCAGUACAAGGAGACCCGCACUCUGGACGUCAACUUCCAGCUGCCUCCACGGGCCAGAGGUCGAGACAGAGGUCGAGGAGUUGGUAGUGUGACAAGUGAGGACUAUGAAGAUACCUCCAGCAGAGGUCAAGGUCAAGGUCAAGGUCGUGGGUAUAGAGGAAGAGGUUAUCGUGGCCAGGAUUCAGGAAGGGAGCGUGAGGAGAGAGCACAGAUGGAGAGAGCCAGGGAAGCCUCCAUGCAGGAGUCGUUGAGGGCGACAGAGAAGGAGAUGAGAGAGGUGGAGAGGAAACGCCAUGAAGCCCAGGAAAUCGAGGCAGCAAGACUGGAGGAGGAACGGUUGAAGAUGGAGCUGAAAUCUAUAGAAAGAGACUUCCCGUCCUUGUCUGGCAAUGCCCCUGUUCCCUCCAUUGUCCCUGCAAAUGUAGGCAAAACUAACAAAAAACAGUCACAUGCCAAAGACCCUAAAUCACAGCCUAUGUCCAAUAGAAUAAAAGCUCCAGGUCGUCUCAACUCCACAGAGUAUCCUUCCCUAGGUGGUGGAUUGUCUAGUUCUUCGUCUCAGAAAAUGUCACAUUGUAAUUCCUCGGGGAGGGACUCGCCAGUACAGAACCCUGUUCAGACAAGUGUAGUUCCUUCAAGUAACAUUCAGACUGUUCCCCAGAGUGUUAUGGACUCCAUCAAGAAAAAUGACCAUGUUGUGCAAAAACGAAUGCCAAUGAAGACUUCCGAUGACUUUCCUUCAUUAGGUGGCGGAGUUAGUCGACCUAAGAAUGAUAGUAAUGUUAGUCUCAUGAGUUUAGGGGUGUGGUCUGGUAAAUCUAAGAAAAAUGAGAUACAGAUGGACACUACUACAAACAAUAAACCGCAACAGAGCGUUCCUACUUCACUUGCUUCAGUUGGGUUUAGUUUAUGUGAUCGUCCUUUCUCUGCUCCAGUUUCGAAGAAGUCACAGAAACUUAGUGCAAAAUCUAAAACUAGUAACAGUAACUCACAAUCUCAGAACACGGUGAAAGUGCCACCACCUAAAACUAGAGAUAAAGAACCUCCUCUUGCAAGUGCUGAUUCUUUUGAAGAUGUUUCGUCAAAGAAAAAUAAGAAAAAGAAAAAACAAAAUGAUCAGAAAGAACAGACAUUGGUUAAACCUGCCUCUGCUGAUUCGGGAAAGGACAAAAAGUCCAAAAAGUCGAAGAGUUCUGAUCCAGUGGCUAAAAUGUUCAGUGAACAGAAUGAUAGAGAUUCAGGGAUUGAGUCCUCGAGCGGGUCAGUUGAUGCAUCAACACCAUUUAAGGCAGAUGAAUAUCCAAGAUGUGCAUCUACAAAGACUGAGACGGUGACGGCUGCGGCUGUAGACAUGGUCCAGCCUGCAUCGACACCGUCCUACUCCUCCAACACUGGGGCUACAAAUGGUUCCUUGGAGGGUAUUGCUGUUGGUUUGCUUGGUGGGAACAUGGCUGUUGGUGCUUCAGGGACUGUCACAAAUGGCUUCAACAGUGAUCAGAAACAACCAGUUCUGGAUGAUUUCCCAGCUCUCAAUUCUCCUUCCUCCUUAGCCGCACCACCUCCAGGCUUCUCUAGUGCUAUCCCUCCAGGGUUCGGUGGCAAGAUAUUGGGUGCCAAGACGUCAGGUGCCAAGACGUCAGGUGCCAGACCCCCUCCCGGCUUUUCUUCUCAGUCCAGUGAUCAGAGCAGCAAGAAGAAAAAUGCUCCCCUUGCACCAGAGGUGGACAACUUUGUGUUUUCAAAACCCAAAAACUUUUCUGAGCGGAACAAGGAGCUUGUCCAGAAUGUGUCCAUCUUGUUGUGCAACGAUCACGACAAGUUUAACAAGUUCAAGGCCUACUCUGGGAGCUUCCGCCAAGGGUCUAUGAAUGCUGCGGAGUACUAUAAGAGUUGUCAGGAAUUGCUUGACCAGGAAAACUUUGACAUGAUUAUUCCUGAGCUGAUUGCUCUUCUGCCCGACAUCAGCAAGCAACAGGAGCUGCUGUCUGUCCACAGGGAGGCCUGCAAGUCUGAGCCCAGAUCCAGUGUUCUCAGGAUCAGUGGGAAGAGCACCAAAGCACCAUGGAGUUCCUCCCCCGAGUUCAAAUUGUGUCCGACUUGCCGGCAGGUUCUGCUUCAGAAAGACUUUGAUUGGCACAUUUCGGAGCAUGGUGGACCUGGGGAUUUCCCAUCUCUAGGAAAUAGGCCACCUCAUCCGAGCUUCCUCGGUCAAGGAUCUUACAUCAAGGCUAAGUGACCAGGACAUCAGAUAGAAGGAAUUGUUUCUAGUUGUUGCAGGUCCGACUGGUUCCUACACCACAACUGAGAGAUGUAUGCCCCGUCCGAUGUUCAGUGGUGGUCAGGUGUGUUCUGGAUGUGGUGAUUGGGGUAUAAAUACAAUUGCUUCAUCCCAUCCGUAGAUGAAACAGAAACUCCAGUGAAUCUUCCUGAAGAUGUGGAAUGUGAUUUCUUUUACAUUCAGGAGGAUUUUUUGUUCCAUGGUGUGAAGAUAAUGCUAUGCAGAUGAAAGAUAUUAGUUACGAUUAACACAACUUCUUUGCAGAGAGUAUAUCUAUUUUAUGUAACAGUUGACAUUGUCAGUCGCAGUGUGCAGUUUCCUGUACAAAUCAUCCAGCUUGUAGUUGAUAUUUUAUUCUGACUUGUGCCAUUAUUCUUAAUUUAGUAGGGGGCACGGGUGGCCCAGUCGUCUAAGGCGCCGCAAUUCGCUGUUCAGAGUUGCAUCCCUUGGACAUGCCAGAAACCUAUGAUUGUGGGUUUGAAUCCCGGUUCGCCCCGAUUAUGUUUCU